AUGUCUUUGCGCCUCGAGACACCCUUCAACGACAAAUCAACCCCUCCUAACGGUCUCACAACAAAUACCGCCAUCGUGGAUAUCGCAUCACUCCUCAAACGUUCCGACUCAGAUGAGGCCCCCGUGGCUCAUUCCCGAUACGCAUCCACAACGACAAUACCGCCUACCACAACGGUGGCACCACCUGCUCUUGGCGGUUCAUCAUCCGCCACGCUUGCUCCAGCCACUGGCACCCGAUCUCCGAGAUCUAGCGGUGCCGGCGGACCAGGAGCAGGAGGCAGUUUGGGGAAAUCAGUGUCAGGAAGCGUCAACUCAGUUCGUCCGGGAAGCGGCGGCGGGAAACGAACCAUGCCACCACAUACAUCUGAGUCGCCAGCUAAAAAGCAGAGCAAAUGGUCGCCUGAAGAAGACGCACUGAUCAUCGAGCUUCGCGGAAGCGGGAUGAAAUGGGACGAUAUCUCCAAGCGUCUACCGGGUCGGAGCUCUAUCAGCUGCCGUCUUCACUACCAAAACUACCUCGAGAGACGCAGUGAGUGGGAUGAGGAGCGCAAGAACAAGCUGGCAAGGCUCUACGAGAGGUUUAAACCCGAAAUGUGGGCCAAGGUUGCUGAAGAAAUGCAGGUUCCCUGGCGUGCCGCCGAAGCAAUGCAUUGGCAGCUGGGUGAAGUCGACAUGGCCAGACGAGCGGGAGUUGUUCCCUUCGCGCUGACUACAGCAGCCUUGGGUGAUCCUUCAGUCAUGCAUCAUCGAAUGCCUACUUCGAGAGGCCAUCAUGGUCACUCUCAGUCUCAAGGAAGCCUCCCGAGAGAUAUUCCCACUAUGCCUUCACCAAGGUACAGCCGCGGCCCCCCUGGACCUCUCAUACCACCUCCUUCGUCCGGCGGACGGCCACUGGCAGCUCGACGCGAAAGCUUACCGACACGAUCGUCCUUUGCACCACCCCCUCCGCCACACCAUCACAGCGACCCCAGCGGCUAUUCGUUGGCGCCAGCUAUAGGUCUGGCUCCCAUCCAUACAUCGAGCUAUACUCAUCAGAGCCGUGGGGGAAUGCUGCCCAGCGUCGCCGAAUUGACGACCGGAGUAAGCCCCUACAGCACGCCUGCAUACUCGACGGGUGGCAUGACCAGUAUGGUGAGCCCAACCCACAGUGACACGGCUAGCCCUGGACCAACUCACCCUGGUUACUCGGCCUAUCCGCCCCUGGAACCACUUGGAACCGUCAAAAGACGGGCAAGUCCGGAAGCAGGAGGGAUACGUGAGACAAGCAGGAGACGGCAUCACUUCCAGCCUCGACAGGAGGACGGUUACUCGCCUAUUGGACCGCCACCUGGCAUGACAUCGUCACGACGUGGACAGAGAUUGGAGUGA